CCAAACAUUGAUUCCUACAGAUCAGCCUCCGUGCCCCCGCUGGCAUCGGCUCACUCUGGGGCUAGGAGCAGCUGGGAUCCUCGUCCUGGUGGGAGCUGUGAUAGCGAUGGGCCUUUGGGGGGAAAAAUCUAAGCUCUCUUCUCACCCCCCCUCUGCUGCCUCCCCGUGCCCUGACGGCUGGAUCCGGCUCCAGGGGAAAUUCUACUAUUUUUCUAAUUCUCAAGGGAACUGGAGCUACAGCCAGAGCUUUUGCUCCUCACAUGCUGCCUCCCUGGCCGGGAUUGAGAGUCCAGAAAUGCUGGCUUCCCUGCUGCCCUACCCAGGCAGACUGGACCACUGGAUCGGCCUCUGGAAGGGCACAGAUGGGGUCUGGCACUGGGCCAAUGGGACCAAGUUCGACCAUCAGUUUGGAAUACAAGGAGGAGCCGACUGCGCGUACCUGGAUGAAGAUCUCAACAUCAGCAGCUCCAGCUGCAGCACCUGGAGAAAAUGGAUCUGCAGCAAACCUGAUGCCCCGCUGUAAGAAGAGGCAUGUGUAGUGGGAGGAGAGGGGGGGAACUAGACAGUUCAAGGACACUGGAGGUGAGAGGUGGGAAAACCUGUUCUGGUCCCCUUCAGCCAGGGCCGGAUUAAGACCUUUA